AUUGUGAUAAUAAUAUAACAUAUGGUAUAUAUAUUUAUACCCAUAUACGCAUCGAUACGGAUGGGAAAUCCCGGUGCCGCCGUCGGCCGCCGCCUAUAACGAUUUAAUACGAUAACUCCAUACCCGGACAAUCAAACAUCACUACGAUAAAGAAAAAAUUUAAUUUAUCAUCAGUGUUCGCAGUAUAUUAUUUUGUCUUUUGUCAUAGCUCUGCGCCUCUGAAGUCAGUGCUCAGUAUCGUUCUCUCUGCCAGAUUAUCAACGUUAUUCGAAUUCUAUAUAAUAUAUUGCUAUAGUACUGCUCCAGAAUAAUAAUAUUGUCAAUCGGAAUAAUAGAAACAGGUUCCUGUAUAAUUGUUACCUAUUGUAAAUAUGACCUAUCACAUUGUUGAAUUCAUAAAAGAAAAUUCGGUGGAAGCUGUUCCAUCACACUGGUUGUCAAGGGAUGGAAAAACAUGUGCUUGGCCCAAAAGGCAUUUAGAUCCAACUAGGCAAAUUGAAAAAAAAAAACAACCUAAUACACUUGAGUACACCUGGUUUGAAAUUCGUGUCUUAUCCAACUCUAUUUCAAGUUUAAAGGAAGCUAAAGAAAAAGCUAAAAAAGCAACUUUUACGUCUGACUUAUCUUCAAUAGAAGAAGUUAAAGAAACAAGGAACAUUCGACGUAAAAAAAUUGAUGAUAAUGAUGAUGAUCGUGACUUCACAUCAAAAAUUAAAACUAAAAAACAUUUUAAAACAAUAAUACAAGACAAAGUUCCAAGCCCACCCAAGUUUUUUGAUACAGGUUUUGUUGGAGAAAAUGAUUCAGAUUCUGGUUCUGAUAAUAUAUUGAUUUCAAACUUUAAAAUCAAAGAAAAGCCUCAAUUAAAAUAUUUCAAAAACAAAACAAAUAUAAAUAUAUCUGAUGGUAACAAAAUAAAUAACAAUAACAGAUCACCUACUCAAUCGUAUUUACCUCUUAGAAGAUCAUCCGUUGCAAAAAAUACGGCUUUAGUAUCUACAACUGCUUCCUUAUUAAUCUCACCAUCUGGAAAAUGGAAUGUUGAUGAUAUUGGCUUACUAAAUUCAAAUAAAAUUAUAAAAAGAAAGUUGGAUUUUGAGUCAACUUCAAUUCAUUCUACAUCCCCACAAAAUAUAGAUGCAGCUAUACAUCAUGACAACAUUAAUGUUGAUAAUUUGUCAAUACAUUACGAAGAUGGUAUAGAUAAUAUAAAUGGAAAUUUAAAAAAUGAUUGCCUAAAAAAGUUAAAUGUUGAAGAUAAACAUUUGGACAAUUCAUUAACUCAUUUUAGUACGUCAUCAUCGUCUGUAUCAAUAUCAAAUAAUUCAACAGUUCAAACUGAAAUGCUUUGUAUUUUGAAAAGCUUGACUCGUACUCUGACAAAUAUGAAGUAUGAAGUGAGAACUAUUACAACUAAAAUUGACCGAUUGGAAAAUGUUAUAACCGACCAGCAAAAAAAUCAAAAUAACUUAUCUACAAAAAACAAUUAUUAUCCUGUUGAUGAAAGUAUUUACAAGUUCCCAUUAACCAGCCUUGAAGAAUUAACCAUAUUCGAAGAAAAAAUAAUGGACAAAGAUUUUCGACAACAAAUGAUAACAUUUUUAGUUCGACUAGAACGUUCAACGGUUUCAGAUAUGACCCGUCAAAUUAUGUCAAAAUUGUUUCACAAUAAUUUGCUGAGCAAAUUCUCGUAUAGUGGACAGAAAAAAAAAAUGAUCUUCUCUUCCCUUAAUUCUUGUGCCCUUAUAUUUGAAACCAUAAGAACUGUCAAAAUUCAUAAAACUUGUAUUGAUCAAGAGAUAUUGAGACCAAUGAAAUUCUUUAUGGCUAAUGCCAAGUUUCGAGAAGAAAAAAAAAACAAAAAUAUUAAUAUAAUUUCUUAGUUUUAUUUAACUUUCUCAAUUUAUUUAACUCAUUGGUGUAAUCAUUUAUUUUAUAUACACAGUUACCUAAACAGUUGUUAUUUUAAUUUGGUUUUUUGUAUACUACUUUAUAUACUA